GUCCAGCUGCUGGAGUGGCUUGAGCUCCCCAACAACAUCGUGAUGGUGCUGGAGCGCCCAGAGCACUCUCAGGACCUGCAGCAUUUCAUUGGGGCACAGGAGUUCCUGCCUGAGGAGGAGGCGCAGGAGCUGUUCCGCCAGGUGCUGCAGGCCGUGUGGCACUGCACCAGCUGCGGAGUCCUGCACAGGGACAUCAAACCAGAGAACAUCCUGCUUGACCUGGCCACUGGGCAGGCCAAACUGAUUGACUUUGGCUAUGGCACCUACCUUCAAGAGUCAGCCUACACUCACUUUGCAGGAACACGGUCAUACAGCCCCCCGGAAUGGACCCACUUUGGCCGGUACUAUGGCAAGCCAGCAACCAUCUGGUCCCUGGGCAUCCUGCUGCACCAGAUGGUCUGCGGGGAGCACCCUUUCAGGAGGGGCCAGAACAUCAGCUGGGACCAUCAGCUCUCGCUGCCACAAAGGCUCUCUCAAGAGUGCCAAGAUCUGAUCAGGCGGUGUUUAUCCAUGCUGGAUUUGGAAAGGCCCCCAUUAGAGGAGCUGUUCUGUCAUCCUUGGAUGCAGGAUUUUCAUCUGCCCUAGAAGAAGGGAGAGAGCCACAGGCACACUUUGAUCCAGGGCGCUGGGAAGGAGAAGCAGCCCCUGGAGAAGCUGUACCGGGUGGGGCUGCUGCUGCUGGGGACA